AAGUCUAUAUUUUUGGACAAUAAUGUUGAUCCAGGAGCAUGUCUUACUUGGCAAAAUCACGGCGACCGGAGCCAGUGUGAGUGGGUUUAGUGAGAGUAGAGGCAUGCGCACAGGGGUAGAUGGGUGAAUGUAGAGCAGAGCGUGCGAGUGAGUGUGCACGCGGAUGUCACACUCCGUGUUGCGCACUUCACACUGAGUGCAGGCUGAGAACGGGUGCUUGACAAACAUCAGAGAAUGAACGCAUGCACAGACAUAAAUGCAUUGGAAUAAAAUUCGCUAAGAAGCUAGCAGAGUGUUAUUCGUAAAUUACGUAAUCAUCACGCGGGGGGAACAGUAUGUGGACAUUAUUUCACGGCGGGUGCUGCUGGAAUAGCAACUGAACAACUCUGGUAAACUCUGAGCUUCACGUUCGAAUGGCGAGGGGUGAAACAGCUUGCUAUCCCAAUCCCUGAUAGAGCGACUGAACCAAAAAAAAAAAAAAAAAAAAAAAAUACAGGUCGUUUAGUUUUCUAGAGGCAGAAUCGCAUAGCUCGUGCUAGUAGUUUGUUUUGGCAUCUCGCGCACAGUUAGCCCAACAUCUCUACGGGCUCGGAUGUUAAUUUGAUCGCCUGACACACAAUUCUAUCUAUUCACUGGACGAAUCCACGCCUUAGGAUGCCAGAUCAAAUAUCCGUGUCGGAGUUUCUGUCGGAAACAACAGAGGAUUACAACUCUCCCACUACAUCCAGCUUCACCACCCGUCUGCAGAGCUGCAGGAAUACAGUCAGUGUGUUAGAGGAGGCUUUGGAUCAAGACAGAACCUCAUUGCAGAAGGUCAAGAAGUCAGUGAAAGCCAUUUAUAACUCUGGCCAGGAUCAUAUUCAAAAUGAGGAGACGUACGCCCAGGCUUUGGAUAAGUUUGGUGGUAACUUCAUUAGUCGGGAUUAUCCAGAUCUGGGCACGGCCUUCGUUAAAUUCUCCACUCUGACUAAAGAGCUCUCCGCCCUCCUCAAGAACAUGCUCCAGAGUCUGAGUCAUAAUGUGAUCUUUACACUGGACUCCCUGUUAAAAGGCGACCUGAAAGGCGUGAAGGGGGACCUGAAAAAGCCCUUUGACAAGGCCUGGAAGGACUACGAAACCAAGAUUACAAAGAUCGAGAAGGAAAAACGUGAGCAUGCCAAGCAGCACGGGAUGAUUCGAACAGAGAUCACUGGUGCUGAGAUCGCUGAGGAGAUGGAGAAAGAACGGAGGCUUUUCCAACUACAGAUGUGUGAGUACCUGAUCAAAGUGAAUGAAAUAAAGACAAAAAAAGGGGUUGACCUCCUUCAGAACUUGAUCAAGUAUUACCAUGGGCAGUGCAACUUUUUUCAAGAUGGAUUGAAGACGGCAGAUAAGCUAAAGCAGUACAUCGAGAAACUAGCAGCAGAUCUUUACAAUAUAAAACAAACACAAGAUGAAGAGAAAAAGCAGCUCACAGCAUUAAGGGAUCUCAUUAAAUCCUAUCUACAGCUUGAACAAAAGGAGGUAGGUGUAGAAGGUGGUGUGCCUCAGGGCUCUGUCUUAGGACCAAUGCAAAUUAUCAUUUAAUUGCCCAAACAUCAGUCAAAUUACUUGUUUGGGAUUAAAUAUUUCCAAUGUUCAUUACAUUAACUGUACAUAUUUAAAAUAUGUAAAUAUAUUAAAUAUAUUCCGUAUUUAAAAUGCUGUACACACGUAGAAUUCUAAUUAGCAUAUUUUCCGGACUAUAAGUCGCACUUUUUUCAUUGUUUGGCUGGUCCUGCGACUUAUAGUCAGUUGCGACUUAUUUAUCAAAAUUAAUUUGACAUGAACCAAGAGA